GGAAGUUUUAAAAAGUAUGUGGGCAUGGACGCACGCCAGUAAAUUAUCAGUAAAUGAUUAUAACACAUAUUACAUGGAGUGUAGGGACUUCACAAGCAUUUGUUUUCACGUCUAACAAAUGCUCACAAAGUUCCCCUUCUCAUAGAGCUCAUGAACUCCAGGCUGGGAAUUUGACGCACUACCUACCAGCGCACUGGAUAUUUUGAACAAUGGAUACUAUGUCAUGCUCUCCGUGCUCCCGAGAAGGGACUAAACUUGCGGCUGUGAAGUACUGUGUGGACUGCGACAGCCAUCUGUGUGCAGAAUGCCUCAAACAGCACAACCGGUUCGAUGUCCUGAAAAGUCACCAGAUUGUUGAUAAAGCUGCCGAAUUGGACACGCCUAAAGACAAAGCUGAGCUCCCCACCCAGCGAUGUCCUACACAUCAUGGUAAACUGAUAGACAUGUAUUGUGAGGACCAUGAUGAAGUCUGCUGUGUCGCUUGUGUGGCGAUAUAUCACAGCCAUUGCAAAGGUAUCACUUACUUGCCCCAAGCGGCUGCUGGUUACACACACAACACCACUGACGAGAUUGCUGCCAUUAAAGAUAGAGUAAGCCAACUGCAAACACGUCUUGAUGCCUUUAUACCAGGUAAACAAGACGAUACGACAAGAGUAAAUGAUGAGAAAGAAUCGAUACUUCAAAAAAUAAAGGUUAUGAAAGAUAUGGUAGUAAAGCACUUUGAUGAGCUGGAAGCGCAGAUAUCGUCUGCUUUGGAUGUAACGGUAAAUGGUUCAUUGGAAGAAAUAACUGGAGAUAUAAACAAACUGGAAGAAACGGUAAGUGCAUUGAAGAAUGAAGUCCGUUUGCUGGAGGAACAGCAAAGAGGAACUAAUAGGUCAUCUCUGUUUGUACAAAUAAAACUGACAACGAGUUGCGAGAAACGUGGGUUGUCUUUGGAGAAGAUGCUGAGCUCAAAGCGACCAAAAACUAUUGAAUUCAAUCCGAAUCUGAAGUUGUACACUUUCUUAGACGAGUUGAAAACGAUGGGUGAAAUAUUUCACAAUUAUUUUGCCGGUUCUUCAGCAACAACUGGAGAGUGUUCGAUACACGGCAGCAAAGAGAAGAACGUCUGCGAUAUAUCGAGCGCGUGCGCUCUCCACGAUGGAUCCAUUCUCCUUACCGAUUUUAAGAAUGAAACCAUCAAGAAAGAAUUGGGCGGUUUUAUUGUUCAGUCACGGGAGCUACCUGGUCCUCCGCUGGGGAUUUGCUAUAUGGACCACAGUACAGUUCUCGUCAGUUUAUGGAACAAAAUGAACGUAAAAGCUAUUUCAACCAGUAAUCUGAAGGCGACCCAUGAUUUACAUGUCGGGAAACCAUGUCGCGGAAUUGCGUACAACGACAGUCUCAUGUACGUAACAUGCGGUGGAUGGACCGAAGGCAACGAAGGUCCCGGAUAUGUAGCUGUUUAUCAGAUCAUUCAACACUACCAGCGGAAAGAGUCAGAAACAUCGUUUGAAAGCAAUUUCCUGAAAACCAUAAAUAACCAGAUAGGCUUCCCGCACCAAAUAGCAACGAGUAAGGACGGCUCGGUAAUUUAUAUUGCUGAUGCCGACACUGGUCUCAUUAUCAUGACGAAGUAUGGACGUGUCUUAGAUGUUUUUAAUCACAAGGAUAUGGACACCCCAGUUGGAGUCUGUCUAGGACCAAAGAACCGUCUGUUUGUGUGCGGCGGCAAGUCAAACAACGUCAUGUUACUGACAGCAGACGGACACUACCUGAAGACGGUCCUGACAGAAGAUGACGGUGUUCUGAAACCCAUGUCACUUUGCUACAGCGAGGAAAAGUCGCGACUGGUCAUUACCAUGAGCAAGAAUGAUAAAAUGAAAACGAUUGUUUUUAACAAUAACUAAUAUGACAAACGGCAUUGUUCAUAAUGUGAUGUAAUGCUGAACUAAACUGACCAAAAGCGCUACCAGUAAUUAUUUUGAUCGACACCGUUGGUGAUAAAGUUACAACUUAUUACGUUUUGUAAUAAGUUUUUUGUUGUUUUCAUUCAACACAAAUAUCAGUUACUUUUGUAAAAAUUGCGAAUUAUAGUUGGUUUGCAAAUAAAAGAUGUUUUGCUGAACGAAA